GAAGAGCAGGGCUAUAUAAUGGGAAGAAAAUGACAGAGAGCUCAAGAGAGACUGCAAAGAUUCAACCGAGACCAGUUAAAACCAGUUAAAAUGACUCAAGGAUCUAGACUGUGCUUUGCAGUGGCUGUUCUGAUGUGUGCAUUUGUCUCCAUCAAUGGAGUUGGUCUGAAUGAUUUACUGGAGCGAGCCUCUCAACUUUCCGACAAACUUCACUCUCUCAGCACCUCUCUCACUAAUGACCUGGAUUCUCACUUUCCUCCAGUUGGAAGGGUAAUGAUGCCCCGUCCAUCGAUGUGCCACACAUCCUCCCUUCAGGUUCCCAAUGACAACCAAGCCCUGAAAGUCCCGGAGGAUGAGUUGCUGUCUCUGGCUCGGUCUCUGCUGCUGGCGUGGUCCGAUCCCCUCGCCCUUCUCUCCUCUGAGGCGUCCAGCCUGGCACAUCCAGAACGCAACACCAUUGACAGCAAAACCAAAGAGCUACAGGAAAACAUCAACAGCCUGGGAGCAGGUCUGGAGCACGUCUUUAACAAGAUGGACUCAACUUCAGAAAACCUGUCCUCUCUUCCUUUUUACACCAACAGCCUCGGCCAGGAUAAAACCUCCCGACUUGUCAAUUUCCAUUUCCUGCUGUCCUGUUUCCGCAGGGACUCCCACAAAAUUGACAGUUUCCUCAAAGUUCUCCGCUGCCGGGCAGCCAAGAAGAGACCUGAGAUGUGUUAGAGAGGAUAUGCUGUCCAAAUGCAAAACAGGCCCUUUAUUUUUUGUUUCUAAGGUGUAGAUUUUUGACUCACUUUUCUUAUAUGCUUAAAUAAAAUUUCAUUGGACCAAUACAAAGAUAAAAUAAAUUAAACAAAAAGGCAUUUAAAUGGAAUAUAAAUAAACAUUUGUAUGAAGAACACAUGCCUACAAUUUAUUUGAAUGUUUGACCAGCUUAACAACAUUUGUAUGUUAGGCAACCUAAUUUUAUUAAGGAAUUUAUGUUGUAUCUUUAACCAUACUUUUCUGUAAUGCAAUAUUUAAAGCCCUGCAGCAAUAUCAAUACAUUUCUUUCAAGCAAAUUUA